CGCUUUGAUGCUUGAUUUUACACCAUUACCAGGGCAUGCGACAUUGACAACGACGACUUCAAGGUCCCUCCUCUCCUCUGCAUUAAAUAAAUCAUUAGUAUUUCGCCAUCACGCGGCUUCUGCCUCUAAUCGGACUCUUCCCGGCCGGAUUACCUGCGAAACGAUGUCGAGCUCAACUGGAACCGCUUUCCCCACUUUAAGAAGUGUCACCAUACCCUAUACUGACCUCAGGAACAAGGAUGCAGACUUGUCGGCCAAGAUAGAGGAAGGUUUUGGACCCAACGGCCUUGGGAUUCUUUCAAUUUCUGAUGUCCCUGGAUUUUCUUCGUUGCGUCAAAAUCUUCUACAUCUUUCACCCAGAUUGGCCAACCUUCCUCAAAAGGUAAAGGAUGAGCUUGAAGAUCCACACAGUAGGUAUAACUUUGGAUGGAGUCAUGGGAAGGAGAAGCUUGAAUCUGGGAAGCCUGAUCUACUGAAAGGCUCUUUUUAUGCAAAUCCAAUAUUAGAUGUUCCUACCACUGACAUGUGUCUAAGACAGCGGUAUCCGUCUUAUUGUUCUUCAAACAUAUGGCCUGGCAGUGCUUUGCCAGAAUUGGAAACUGCUUUCAAAGCACUUGGAAAGCUGAUGCAUGAUGUUGGAUUGAUGGUAGCUUAUCACUGUGAUCAAUAUGUAUCCAAAGGAAUGGAAGUGGAUCAAAAUGAAAGCCUCAAACAGAUACUUAUUCGUUCUCGGUGUCAUAAAGGCCGGUUGCUUUAUUAUUUUCCUGCACUAAGGAGUGAUUGUGUCCCAGAUGGUGACUCAACAUCAUCUUGGUGUGGGUGGCAUACAGAUCAUGGCUCACUGACAGGUUUGACUUGUGCCAUGUUUAAGAGAGAUGGUGUAGAAAUACCUUGCCCUGAUAGCAUUGCCGGCCUUUAUAUUAAAACACGAACUGAUCAAAUUGUCAAAGUUGUGUUUGGAGAAGGUGAGGUAGCGUACCAAAUUGGUGAAACAGCUGAAAUACUGUCAAGAGGUUAUCUUUGUGCAACACCGCACUCUGUUCAGGCACCCAAAGGGGAGGAGGCUUCUGGUGUUGACAGAUCAACAUUUGCAUUAUUCAUGCAACCCGAUUGGGAUGAGAGACUUAACUUUCCCAAGGAGAUGCAUAUUCACAAAGAUCUGGGGCUAGCCAAUAGCUGUCUCACGUUUGGAGAAUAUUCUGAGAUGCUGCUGGACAAGUAUUACCACUUGAAAACGUAAAGGGCCGUUAUGUUCCUCCGCCCCCGCUUUCAAUAGCAACUGUUCUGUAUCACGUCAUGAUCGUAUAAUAAAUUCCUCUAUGUCUGCUCGGAAGACCCAAAGACAAUUUUGAUAUGAACUCCUGCCUUUUCAUUUUCUUAUUCA